ACAACACUUCCCUAUAUUAACCAUAAAUGAAAAAUACAGACCUCCUGCUCGAGCUUAUGCGAACGAGAUAAGUCAGUUUGUGGCAAGAACGAAUUCUGCAUCCUGGACAUUCGAACCAACAGUACACGAUGCAGCUGUAAAGAUGGUUACGUAGGAAAGCCCUGUAAACCCAUGGCCAAAAGUUGUGCUCUACUUUAUCAAGAUGGUGUCACCUCUAAUGGUGUUUACACUAUCAAUCCAGAUGGCGGAAAUCCCAUACAAGUGUUUUGCGACAUGACUACGUACGGUGGAGGUUGGACCGUUUUUCAGAGACGUUUGAACGGCUCUGUUGAUUUCUAUCGAGAUUGGUCGUCCUACAAAAACGGCUUUGGAGAUUUGAACGGCGAGUUUUGGCUUGGAAAUGACAAUCUUCAUCGUUUGACAGCCGCUGGUAACGUUUCGUUAAGAGUUGACCUGGAGGAUUUCGAAGGUGACAUCAGAUACGCUGAGUACACGACAUUUAUGGUGGCGGACCAGGUAGAUAAAUACCGAAUUGUAAUUCAUGGAUACAACGGGACAGCUGGGGACGGUUUGAAAAAACAAAGUGAUAUGCAGUUCUCCACAAGAGAUAGUGACAACGACGUAAAACCGGACGGCAGCUGCGCUGAGCAGUUCAAAGGCGCCUGGUGGUACAGUUAUUGUCAUGAUUCCAAUCUGAACGGGUUGUAUCUCAACGGAUCUCACUCGUCCAUGGCUGAUGGCGUCAACUGGAUUCCUUUUAGAGGAUAUUACUAUUCACUAAAACGUACAGAAAUGAAAGUAAAGUAGAUCAGUUUUGACAGGGCUACUCUUUUUUUUCUUUGUUGUUGUUGUUGUUUAUUGAAUCCCUCACGAAGGGACUAGGUCAGGUCCAGACCACGACAACAUUCACUUCUCUUAUCUACCCUUCCCGUCCCAGUCUCCUGUCGCAUUAUUUAUUUAUUUAUUUAUUUAUUAUUAUCUUCACAUAACGAAGCUAUUCAUUGAUUUCAUUUAACGGUCUUCAAAGCCCUGUACAGCGGUUUACAUAAUUGGCAGAAACGUGAUAUGCGACGUGAUUCGAUCUUCAGGCAUAAGCGGCACUGCCUCAACCGCUUCGGUGCAAAAUUAAACUUAAAACAAAUGGCGAGAUGGUCCCCUCAUGCAAUGGAAAACAAGAUCAUUUAUGAUUGUACUGACCACUGUUUCUAAACUGCCGAUAGCAAGAACAAAGAUGAUUCUAGGAGUUCAUAUAUCGCUUAGAAAUUGGUUGGUCUAGAUGAAAGAACAAACUCCAUUCAAAACUUCAACGAAAGUAACUGGAAAAGGGCAUAAUAUUUUUUAAUCCUUGUUACUGACAUCUAUUAAGCUUAGGAUAAUGCAGUUUCCUUUAGCAGAAUGUAUAUAUGUGACAUUAUUAUGGUUUUAUCAUUUUCAACGAAUACUUCUGUUUAAUUCUUGUUUGUUGUUAUGCGCCACUUUUUGACAUAUAUGAUGAGUUUGUCUUUGUUAAUCCUACCGUAUGGUAACAUUUGUUGGGAAGGAAACUUAAUACAAGGGUUUUAAGGUGUAUGCCGGCAAUCGUAUUUAAGAGCAAAAUCAUAAACUCAUCUCGUGCUUUGUUUAUUUUCAUUCUAUGUUUAUUUUCUUAGUUGUCAAAUAAUCCUUUAAUAACUGGCGAGAGCAGCUAAACCACAGUCACGUGGCUGUACCAUUCCAUCGUAUCAUGUAUUUAAAGUUUAUACGAUGCAAUUCUGUAUAAUAAAGCAUCAAUGCAAAGCA